UUUGACUAAUUUUUAAAUAAAUUAAUUAAAAGACAUAAAAAGUAUAAAAUUUAAGUAAUUGAAAAUUGUAGGUAGAAAAUGGUCAGUAUUAGAAAAGCAACAUUUGAAGAUUUAAUUGGUAUGCAAAAUUGUAAUUUGUGGUGUCUUCCAGAAAAUUACACCUCAAAGUAUUACCUCUAUCAUUAUGUUAGCUGGCCUUAAAUUUUGUACGUAGCUGAAGAUUAAAAGGGUAAGAUUGUUGGUUAUGUCAUGGCAAAAAUUGAAGACGAAGAAGAUGUUGUUCACGGUCAUAUUACUUCUUUAUCUGUUUUGAGAUCUCAUAGAAAGUUAGGUAUUGCAAAUUAACUUAUGUCUGCUACUCAUCGCGAUAUGCAAGCCUUAUAUGAUGCUAAAUAUGUUUCUCUCCACGUCAGAGUCUCUAAUCGUGCUGCUUUGGGUCUUUAUAAAGGAAAACUUAAUUAUGAAAUAUACGAAGUUGAAAAGGGUUAUUAUGCCGAUGGUGAAGAUGCAUACAGUAUGAAUAAAUAUUUCUCAGAUGAAGCUAGACCCAAGGUGCUUCCAUAUGAAUAAAGCGAAGAAGAAAAAGCCUAAAUCGCUUAAACUAAGCCCAAAAAAGAAUAGAAAGAUGGAGAUGAUGAGGAAGAUGAUGAAGAGGAAAGCAAGAAUAACAACGGUGUUAAAAACUAUGCUGAAAAAACAACCAAAAAGUGA